CAUGGUGCAGCAGAACGGCGAAACAUUCGAUUCGUAGCACGAGCAACGGAGUUUGAUUUUUUUCUCGUCAGUUUCGCGAUCGGUAACCGUUCGAUAUCAUCGAUUGAAUUGUCACGCAUUUAAACCCCCAGUGAAUAUAAAAGCAUAAAACCAAAUGGCUGCUAUCAGGAUGAGCGCUGUUCUUCAAGUAACGUUAUUGGUUUUGGCCGCAGUCCUUCACCAAGGGAGUGCUUUGCGAUGCUGGGAGUGUUCUUCGAACAGCAGCCCCGAGUGUGGCGAUCCGAUCACGGACAGCGAACAUCAUCAACGAUUCCACACCAAAGAUUGCGACGCCACAUUGUCCCAGCACCCCUAUUCCUACGAGAAGUCGGUUUGCCGUAAAACCGUCCAGAGAAGCAACGGAAAGAAAGUUGUCAUUCGUGCCUGCGCCAUCCCCUAUCCGGACGAGCGUGACAUCACCGAUGGGGUUUGUUCGACCGUCCCAACCGCAAGUCACAUUACAAUCGAAUCAUGUCACGUUUGUACCACCGAUCUCUGCAACGGCGCCCAUUCAGCCUUAGGACAAGUAACGGCGAUUAAAUCAUUGCUAUUUUUUGGUAUACCCAGCGUGCUUUUCGCAUACCGUUGGAGCUAUUAGCUCACACUUGUUCGAUAGCUUGGAACGUCGCUAUUGAUUAUUGUGCACAGCUGUACGAUUACGAUUAAUUUUUAAGAACAUAAAUUUAUUAUUAGGAUUACGAAUCGAAAUUAUCACACCGAUGGAUACGUAGGAAUAAAAUUAGAACGUCGAUAACUCUCUCCGUGAAAACGUUGCCUGCGAUGCACGUUGGUAAUAUCUUCUAAUUAGUAAUAAUUAUGUAAGACGCUUAGAUGCGGCUAAUGUACAAAACAACUUUACAUGCCUUACAUGUAGUAUUACUUAUUCUAGACUAAUUAACGCUUUAUACCUAAAAGUAUUCGAGGUAAUACUUUCAUUUUACCAUGUUUCAUUUCAUGGGUUAAUCAUUCUAUUAAUUAUUAUGUGUUUUUUUUUUUCUCUUCACGCAGUGUACUUUUAUCUUUUCAAGAUAAUUUUGUUAUUGUAGAUAAACUAUUGUAUACAUCUCUAUUAUACUUGAUUGUGAAUAGCUCGUCAUCUGACAUAUUAUACGUAUACUCUACAUGCUUAAA